GACUCCCAUACACGUCGUCCCCCAAGCGUAGCCUCUAACCGAUCUGGCCAAUCAGAGUCGCCGCUCAAUGGUACCGAUGUGACCAACGCCGCAACGUCCACGAAUCAUAGCAUGACCAGCACGAAUAUGGCUUCUUCAACAUGCACAGCUUGUGGAAAGACGAUGGCUGGAGCAUUUGUCCGUGCCCUAGGAGCAGUCUACCAUCUGAAUUGCUUCAUGUGCAUGGACUGCGGCGCCGUCGUUGCGUCUAAAUUCUUCCCAAUCGAUGGUCCUGAUGGUAAACAGCAUCCACUGUGCGAGCGGGACUACUUUCGCCGGCUCAACUUGAUUUGCGCGAAGUGUGGGCAGGCCCUUCGAGGAAGCUACAUCACUGCGUGCAACAAGAAGUUUCAUGUGGACCAUUUCACGUGCUCAGUUUGUCCCACCCUCUUCGGCCCGCAAGACUCGUACUACGAACACGAAGGCGACGUCUACUGUCAUUAUCACUACUCCACUCGCUUCGCUACGAAGUGCGCUGGUUGCAACACCGCUAUUUUGAAACAGUUCGUCGAGAUUAAUCGGAACAUGCGUGACGAAUGUUGGCAUCCAGAGUGUUAUAUGAUUAAUAAGUUCUGGAACGUAAAAGUCAGCGUCCGACGACCAAAUAGCCUUCUACCGUCGACGGAGAGUGUCGACCAGCCGCCUCCCGAACAGCCAUGGAUAGAGGAAGAGAAGAGGGAAACGGCAACCUCGCUCAAGGACAAGCAGAUCCGGAUGGAACAGCAAGUUUAUCGGAUAUGGACGGUGCUGUCAGCUUUUGAGGAGUCUAGUGCUGCGUGCAUAUCGGACAUGCUGCGACAAGUCAGCAACGGACAAUAUCUGGAAGCGAUCCGGAUGGCGGAGAGGUUUAUUCUUCAUGUCGAAGUGUUGUUCGCAACGAUAGACGAUUUGGAAUACCAAUUCACCCGCCUUAACCUGAAAGGCAUGUCACAUGUCCGCGAGGCGCGUAUGCUCUGUCGAAAAACGGUGGACCUCUUCACCUUACUCUCCCAUACGCAAGAGACUGGCGCUCGGCGGAUGGGCAUGACACAAGAGCUCCUCGCUCUUGUGACAGGACUGGCGCAUUACCUCAAGAUCCUCAUUCGGAUUGCUUUGACGGGCGCAUUAAAGCUGGAGCGGGAGCAAGACGUCCGUGAGGCGCUAGGCUCGUUCUUGGACAAGCUCCACAUGCUCGCCAUCCAGGGUGGAAAUCCAUCAGCAAAACGGAUGAUGAAGCGGGCUAAUGGCGAAGUCCUCUCUCCUGGCGACGCGGGCAACGUCGGAACGCAAGGAGUUACUUAUGGGUUCAAGAGCUUGGCUCCCGAGAACGCAGGCGAAUCGCCAUUUGCUGUCGGCCCCCGAGAUCAUGCUUUGGUGAAGGUUGCUGUCGUCAAUCCUCCUUCAGAUCUCUGUGUCAAGUGCAACCAAACUGUGGAGGAAGAUUGUGCGAGACUAGGCACGUUCCAGCGCUGGCAUUCUCACUGUUUGCAAUGUGCGACAUGUGGGAAAGCCGCGGCGAUGCCGACGCCGAAGGAGAACGCUCCGAAGCCUAUUACGGAUGGUGCCAACCUCGACGACCGGGAGAAAGAGAAGGCCGAAGGCAGCACUGCUCCGAAGCUGUCUUCCGCUCGACGUCCGCCCGCGAACGUCAGGGCGUUCGUGUAUGAUUCGGACUCAAUGAAGGACACUCAGCAAUUCGGACCCGUGCCAACCGUCAUCUUCUGCACUGACCACGCGCAUCCCAAUUGUCGACCUGGUUUUCAAGCAGUUUCGCGGCUAGAGCAGUACGCCUUCCUCCUGAACGUCGCCCUCCGGCGGUUAUAUGUAUUGCUGAAGAAGCGGGGAGUUGUUCCUGCAACGCCAACUGCUGCCUCUCCGCGAGAAGCCGGACAGGAUCCUUACGGUGACGACAUCAAUCGCCUGAAGUCUGUUCACCUCGAUCGCAAACUGUCAGCCACGGCGCGUGUACCCAGACGUUCGACCAUUGUGGAGAGUCCGACAGGCAAGAUUGCGCACCCAACAGAUUUGAACCAUCGUGAUGCAUCAUAUUCACGCUCGCCGCAACAGCAGCCACGCCUACAGAAAGCCCCGCAGCAUAGCCUACAGAGUACCCGUUCAGCAAUGGAGGCGAGCGUUAUUCGACCUGCGUUUGCGAGGAACAACACGGAAGUCAUGAUUGUGGAUGAGUCUGCACCAACAUCGCCAACUGGGGGUGUCGACGAGUCGAAGCUGCCGGGGGUAGAAGAGGGCAUCACUUUGGCGGAUAUUCCACAGCUUGUGGAAGCAGCGCAGGCGCGCGAGCAGCACCGGUCACUGCCGCGACAGAGCUCAAUACCGUUCAUUGCGGAGUUGAGUCCUGUGGAACUCGCAAUUGUCCGGCACACCGCAGUGUUAGCUCUGCAGCGGUCUCCGCUACGAGAUCAGUUUGAUUUGGACGAGAUUCUCGAGCUCGUCGAAAUCAAGAAAAGCUCGUUCUGGAAUAAGCUGUUCAAGCAAGGCUCCGACAAAAAGAACGUCAAGAAGAAGGGCGUCUUCAGCGUUCCAUUAGAGCUGUUAGUCGAGCGCGAAGGGGCGGAUUCAUUACAUGGUGCAUCAAGGGCUGCACUGCGGGUGCCUAGCUUCGUGGAUGACGUCGUAUCGGCCAUGCGACAGAUGGAUAUGUCUGUCGAAGGCAUCUUCCGGAAGAACGGAAACAUCAGACGGCUGAAAGAGCUCACGGAUACCAUUGAUCGUGAUCCGUCGUCGGUCGACCUGACACAGGAUAACCCUGUACAACUCGCUGCGCUUCUGAAGAAGUUCCUCCGCGAACUCCCCGAUCCAUUACUGACCUUCAAACUGCAUCGAUUAUUUAUUGCCACGCAAAAUCUUCCUACCGAGGCAGAACGGAAGCGGAUGCUGCACAUGGUGUCGCUCAUUCUUCCAAAGCACCACAGAGAUACUAUGGAGGUGCUGUUCGUAUUCCUCAAAUGGGUUGCGUCCUUUGCGCAUCUGGAUGAGGAGACGGGAAGUAAAAUGGAUCUUCCAAACCUUGCCACAGUGGUCUGUCCCAGCAUCCUCUAUUCGAGAGGAAGGGACGGCGUCCGUGACGAGAGUUUCGGUGCUAUUCGUGUUGUCACCUCUUUGCUCGAGAACCAGGACGAAUUCUUCUGCGUUCCCGAGGAGCUCUUACCCAUCUUGCAUGAUCAGGAGUAUUUCCAGAGCAGCAUGGAACUCCCGAGCAAGGAGUUCCUCAAGAAAUGUGAUACCUAUUACAAGGUGAAGAUCAUCGGCCGUACACCCGGCUUGACCUCGCCGGUCAUGGGUUCCCAGCAGUUCAACUUCAAUACUACACGGUCGGAUGAUUCAAGGUCAUUACCUCCACGAGCGGACUCACGAACGCUCCAAUCAAAUCCUCAGUAUCCGGAGCGAACGCCAGUUGGGUCACCUUCACCAUCUGACCACGCACCACCGCGCAAUGGUCUCCAGUCCCGCCAGCAGUCGCCACCGAAUAUGCAACAUUCACCAUACUCAUACCCGUCAGCAUCUGGGCCACAGCCAUCACUGUCACAAGGCGUCGCCGCUCUCCAGGUGCCACAGCCGCGCCCUGCUAUGGCGAGCUACUCAUCGGAGAACGGUAGCAACGAGUGGACGCCGUCGCCAAUACCCACGAGCAGGCCGCCGUCGCGCCCGGGUUCAUCGUACGUGCCCCCGAGGAGUAGUGGUGAGGGAAGUCAUCCGUUCACGUCUAAUUCGCACGCCGCGCAGGCUGUACGUCAGCGCGUGUAGUAGCCGUCUACUUUCACGUCUCUUUUCUGGCGGAACUUUGUAUAUAUGAUUUUCUACCUCUUGCUGUCAGAACGCGCAUCCCCUCGUUUGCAUCGCUGCUUCAUUCCC